AUGAGCGUGAUAUACGACCGUGAUCCCUGCGGACUGGAAGUACGACCACCUGAAGAUGGGCUGGAGGUAUGGGCACCAGACGUUGGAGGGCUGCAAGUCUCAACCAGAGUGCAGGUCGAACAGGCGUUGGAAGCAUUUCGCGGCUGCGACGAUCUGGAGGCCGUAAACCCCAGCUCAAGCGGCAUUGCCAGGGUCAAUACCGAGAGCUUCAUCGAAGAAAUUGAGCAAAAACAAAGCCCACCAAACAAGAAGCCAUGGCUCAUCCUCGUCCUAGCGGGCGUUGCUCUGCUCUUUGUAAUCGUGGCCGCUGUCCUCGGCGUCGUUGUUGGAUUGCGCCUCAACAACAACAGCAACAACAACAACGACAACAACAAAACGACUCCCGCAGAAUCACCACAAGCCUCCUCCACCACCACGCCGCCAAUUUCUCCUUCAAAACCGGCCAAUGCCGUCCACGCAGGCUCAGGCAUUGGCAUCACCGGCUGGUGGACAGGCCCGUCAAGCUUCACCAUCCGCCUCGUCUACCAGGGGCAAGACGGCUACCUGCGUCUGAUGCGGUACCACUCCGGCGACGGCAAAUGGUCCACGCUGGCCAUCUUUUCAGACGCAAGAGCUAAGCUGGGCACCCCAAUUGCAGCAUCGUGCUACAACAUUCCAUACUAUUGCUUCAGCCCGAUAACGAGCAGUGAUAACUUCACACAGGUCGAAAUCUUCUAUCUCAACGACCAAAACAUGAUCCAGGAGUGGUACUUCCGCGAACAAGACUCAGCCUCGCCGUCAGCACAAACCUUUUCCGGCAGCGGACCCAUGUCCCCCAAUGGGUGGAAGGUAGCGGCGAACACGCGCAUCGCGGCAUACUGGCCCAGCGUGAUAUUCCAAGACGAACGCAACCAGAUGCAGGAAGCGUACGACGCCAACCUGACCUGGGUGCAGAGCUCCGUGGGUCUCCAAUGCCAAAACGGAUCGUCCUUUGCAGAAGUGCCUUAUUCGGUGAACGCGGGGAGGUUCGGAGGCGACAAGAUUCUCUAUCAGCGGGAUGACCAGAAGCUCAUUCUCCAGGAGAGAACUAACUUGACCAAUAAGUUGAAUGUUGGCGCACCACCCAUCAUUCUUCCAGCCAACGGGGCCAUGGGAGCGUUUACCAUUCCCCGAUACUCGAAUUCAACCGACGGCGCCAUGAACACCUACAUCCUGUGGCAAGACAGCUCAGAUGCCCUGCAAAUGACCUGGGAGGAUGACGACACUGGAUGGCGAACCUCAUCGACGCCUGCCUCGCUAGGCAAACCCGACAAUGGCACGGGCAUAUCUUGCCUCACGGCGACGCUCUGGACCGUCGCCUCAUUGCCGUCAGACUACAGUACGGCUCGCUGUUAUUACUUGGUAAAUGGGCAGAUACGAGAAGUGCAGUAUGAUGGCUCAAAUUGGCUGGUGAUUGGAAAUGUGCAGUUGGAUUGA